CACCUUAAGAGGACGAUGUAGCCCGCUAGCCGCGCAGACCUUAGAAAAACAAGUUUGCGCAAAGUGGCGCGGGGGCCCGGCCUGCGGGCAGCUCCGGCCGCGCUCCCACUGCCUCCCAGCCCUCGCCGGCAGCGCAGCCGCGGCCCAUGGAGCCCGCCCGCCCGGCCCCCGGCCGCCUCGGGCCGCUGCUCUGCCUGCUGCUCGCCGCGUCCUCCCCCUGGACAGGAGCGGCAGGUGAGGAGGAGCUGCAGGUGAUUCAGCCUGACAGGUCAGUGUCAGUCGCAGCCGGACAGACGGCCACUUUGAACUGCACCCUGACCUCCAUGCUCCCUGUGGGGACCAUCAAGUGGUUCAGGGGGUCUGGACCAGGCCGCCAGUUAAUCUACAGUUUCAAGGGCGGAGAAAGCUCCUUCCCCCGAGUAACAAAAGCUUCAGAUGCUACAAAGAGGAACAACACGGACUUCUCCAUCCGCAUCAGUAACAUCACCCCUGAGGACACCGGUGUCUACUACUGUGUGAAGUUCCAGAAAGGGACCCCUGAUGUGGAGAUUAAGUCAGGCCCAGGCACUCGGGUCACCGUGAGCGCCAAACCCUCUCCCCCCGUGGUCUCGGGCCCCACGGAGAGGGCCACGCCUGAGCAGACAGUGAGCUUCACCUGCCAGUCCCACGGCUUCUCCCCCAGAAACAUCACCCUGAAAUGGUUCAAAAAUGGGAACGAGCUGUCGGCCUCCCAGACCAACGUGGACCCAGAGGGAGACAGCGCCUCCUACCGCAUCUCCAGCACAGCCGAGGUGGUGCUGGCCCCGGGGGAUGUUCGCUCCCAGGUCAUCUGUGAGGUGGCCCACGUCACCCUGCAGGGGGGCCCCCCUCUUCGUGGGACCGCCAACUUGUCAGAGACCCUCCGAGGUAGACGCCCCUCACACCCAGAGCGAGCCCACUCUGCGCCCAGCUGGGGGAGNGUCACCUGCCAAGUGAAGAACUUCUACCCCUGGCGCCUACAGCUGAGCUGGUUGGAGAACGGAAACGUGUCCCGAACAGAAACGGCCUCAAACCUCACAGAGAACAAGGAUGGGACCUUUAACUGGACAAGCUGGCUGCUGGUGAACGUCACUGCCCACAGGGAGGACGUGGUGCUCACCUGCCAGGUGGAGCAUGACGGGCAGCCGGCGGUCCGCAGAACCCACACCGUGCACAUCUCUGCCCACAAGCAGGACAAGGAUACAGGCCAAAUCCCGGAAAAGUCUAACGGCUGGAAUAUCUUUAUUGUGGUGGGCGUGGUUUGUGCCUUGCUGGUGGCCCUGCUGAUUGCAGCCCUCUACCUCCUCCGAAUUCGACAGAAGAAAGCCAAGGGCUCCACUUCUUCUACAAGGUUGCAUGAGCCCGAGAAGAGUGCCAGAGAAAUAACCCAGAUCCAGGACAACAACGACAUCACAUAUGCAGACCUGAACCUGCCGAAGGGGAAGAAAUCCACCCCGCAGGCGGCCGAGCCCAACAACCACACAGAGUAUGCCAGCAUUCAGGCCGGCCCUCCGCCCGUGUCCGAGGACACCCUCACCUAUGCCGACCUGGACAUGGUCCACCUCAACCGGGCCCCCAAGCAGUCAGCCCCUAAACCCGAGCCAUCCUACUCAGAGUAUGCCAGUGUCCAGGUCCAGAGGAAGUGAAUGGGACUGUGGUCAUUUCUAGGGUCUGUCCCCAUGAGCCUUACUGUCCCAGCUGUGGACAGAGGGCAGCUGUGAUGAGGACAGCCAGCCCAGUUCCCAGAAGGCUAGGGUGGUGCAGGCCUGGAACCCAAGGAUGAGCUGGCUCUUGUCUCCCUUACCCACUUGGCUCUCGAGCAUUUCCAGGGCGGCCACAGCACCUCCACGUUGCCAUACACGGAGGCUGAUGUUGCCAGAGCAGCCAGAGAACCGAACUGGGAACUGCCUGGAGUCCCCAGGGCCACAAGAACCCUCAUGCCUCCAUCAGCCAUGGGCCUUGGUCAUACUCCUGGAGACCCUGACUGCCUCUCUGAUGCUCUGCAGCCUGAUCUUCCAGGGUGAGGAGGGAGAAGACCCCACCUCCUCCCACCACCACCACCACCACCAUUACCACUACCACCACCAAGCUGGGGCUUUGGGAAAAGUUUACCCAUUGAAUCGAACUGCUCCAUCCAUGGAGAAGCUGGAAGAAAACCUCUGGGACCCAAAUCCCAAGACUCGUUGAGAUUGCUGCUGACAGUCCUGGCCUCCCCAUCUCUGGACUGAUGAGCAGCAAGCCCUAGGAGAGGAGAGGACCCUCUGAGGAAUCCCACCACUACCACUACCAAGAACCAAGUAACAAAACUUUCCUCUUCCUGGUGGCCCUCCAGGACCCCUUGAGGGCCCAUCAUCCUGACCGUGACACUCCACAUGGCCCCACGUCUCCGUUCCAGACCUGAGCUUGCUUCCUCCAGCUAGCACUAACUCAGCAACAUCUCGCUGUGGACGCCUGUAAAUUAUUGAGAAAUGUGAAACGUGCAAUCUUGAAACUGAGGUGUUAGAAAAUUUGAUCUGUGGUGUUUUGUUUUAUUUUUUUCUUAAAACAGCAACGUUAUCUUGGCUCUCUGUCAUGUGUUGAAAUACAUGGUUGGGUCUUGUGCAGUCUGAGGUUUGACGGUGGGUUGUCCUGGAGGUGUUUUCUUAUAGCAGAAACUGAGUUCCUCCAUGUCCCAGAGCCCUGAGGAUGGGGAAGAAGGUUCCAGCUGGGCUCCUCCAUGUAUGCUCAGCCUUCUUUCCAGGACUAAAUUGGUCACGUUCUCAGCUGAGCCACGCGGCUGGUACUACUGCCUUCCAUGUCAGCAAUGUGGUAAGUCGAGCCUGCCCAGGGCUGUUCUGGGCUGCCUCCUUCACUGUGCAGGCUUGCUGAGACCUAAGCCUCACUCUUCUUAUCCAGAAAGAGGGCAGAGGAAAGAUGCUGUCACUCCCCACCACCUGCACUAGUGUGGACCGGACAGCCUUGCAGGGUAGAAAAGCUGUGCCUGAGUGUUGCCCCCACCACGUUAGCAGCCUUCUCCCAUUCCAGCUCUCUGAGCCAGUCCCUGAAGGAGAAAUCUUCCAUCUCUGCUCUCAAAUCCCACUGGGAUCAAACUGGAAUAAACCCAAGACAGCCAAGAGGACAGGGCAGCUGUGAAGCCAGAACUGACCCACCUUCUGUCCCUCUGUCUCAGGAGGUUGGGUAGAGGCUAUGACCCAUGACCCUCUGAACCCCCAUCCUUCCAAUUCAGGGUGGGGGCCUGUCCAGGCCCAGACAAGCAAAUACUGCAAGCCCUGUUUACUCAGUCUUCACGUAUAACUGAGCAACUUUUGUGGCUGAGACACCAAUCCUCAUGGGUCCAGUCAUUCGAUGCCCAAGGGAUUCCUGGCUCAGGCCAGCAGAUUGAGAAGCAGAGCCAUCCUGCCAUGAGCAGGUGCUAUGAGUGUAAUUCCAGAAGCUCAGCACAUACCCAGCUCCCUGGGGGGAUAGUGCUUUGGUGUGUUACAUGAUGGCAUUCGGGAAUUAGCUGAGCCAACAGGUCAUGUGGGCUGCUUUGGCCCAAAGAGCCAGAGUUUCUCUGUGGCAUCUGGGAGCACAGUGGCCCGACCAUCUGGCUCGGGCUAUUUCCAAAUUCCAAAAGGUUGGCUUGUGAACCUUAGUCACACUCUCUUCUGCCCAGAGAGAGCACAUGUACUUGACACACAUACGCACAUACACACACACACACACACACACACAGGCACACAGAACUUCAAAAGAAUGUUUUCUUGGUGCCAUUUUAAUUUAAUUUUAUUUUGAAUUUUGGAAGGGGAGUAAAGGAAUGAGGCCAAGGAAGUCAUGUAGCUUUAGCUCCAGCCUGGCAGCCUGGAGACUCCUACACCUUGUGUAUCGAACCCCAGGAAAAGGAAGAGGUCGAAACAACACUGUGGAAGGAGCAUGGUUUCAGGAGUUUAUUUUAAGACUGCUAGGAAGGAAACAGGCCCCAUUUUGUAUAUAGUUGCAACUUAAACUUUUUGGCUUGCAAAAUAUUUUUGUAAUAAAGAUUUCUGGGUAACAAUGA